CGGAGUGAACAUGGCAGUUAGCUACUUCCUUCUGGUACUGAGUCUCUCUUGUUUUGGCUUGACCUUCUCUGUCAGUAGUAUCCAAAAAGAGACUUGGUUUGAUAUUGGAAGCACUUUGAUUUCCGUAAAUAAGUUGACAUUCAAGGAUCAAGAAAAAGUUUUGGUGGAAGUGGAACUUCCCCGCAAACCGAGGUGGAGUGGAUUGUGGACUCAACAAUUAUUGGAGUGCGUCCUCUUCUGUAUUUUUGGAUCUGAUGGACGUCGAGACAAGAAGACCUUUGUACCCAUACACCUGGAAAAGAACGAAAUUGACAGAUAUUCUUUUGUUUACGAAAAACAUUACAUCAGCAUGAGAACGGGAUUAGGAAGCCAUCACCUUCCAGUCACGUGUUGGUUGUACAACACCACGGCCGAGGAAAGUCAGCUGGUCCAUGAUCAAACUGGACUUAAAUUAGUAGAGCUGAAGAUGAUGCAGUUGGCUACAAGUCAAGUUGGACGCGUAGUUAGUUUAACGGAGGCACACGCUACUCUUCACUCGCUCAGUCCACAUUUAGCAAAAUUCUGUCACACAACAGCUAACACGACCACCAUCAUUUGGUUGGAUGACCAUGCACAAAUUAACCAAGUGUAGACACUGAUUCAAUCUUCUGUUCUACCAGUGUGUUAAUCAAUAAAUGACGUUGCUUUCA